GAUAAUUUCUGCAUUUGCGAAGGUUACAGUGUUCCCCGUUGUCUAAUGUAUGAGAUAUAUGUGGAGACCUGCGGACAAAAUGCUCAGAAUCAAGUGAACCCAGCUACAUUUGGGAAGCUUGUGCGCUUGGUUUUUCCGGAUCUUGGCACCAGGAGGCUGGGCACAAGAGGAAGUGCCAGGUACCAUUAUGAUGGAAUCUGCAUCAAGAAAGGUUCCUACUUCUAUGGACAAUAUUGCUAUUUGCUGAGUGAAAAAAAGUAUCACAGCUCCGGGGAUGUGUCUGGAUUGGAAAAAUCAACUAAUUAUGACAGCCUCAUCCAAAGAAAAGGAACACUUGAUGUUAAUUCACAGACAAAGACAGACACAGUUGGAUCUCCUUUGUGUGAAUUCAGGAGAUUUCCUUUUUGGGAGCAAGAACUGGCAAAAAAAUACUCUUAUAAAAUGGUUGCAUUUCUUGCUGAUGAAUAUUGCAACUACUGUCAAGAUAUUUUACAAAAUGUGAGGAAUCAGGAACUUGACAGGGUUGAAGACUUGCUGACUUUCUUUUGGAAGUCUCUGCAACAUGAUACCAUAACGCUCAUGUCAUCACCUGACGUUUGCCAGCUCUUUAAAUGCUAUGAUGCCCAGAUGUACAAGGAAAUUGAGGACAUUCUGCUUCAUGAUUUCCUGGAAGAUGUCUCUAUUCAGUACCUGAAAUCAGUCAGGUUGUUUAGUAAAAAAUUUAAACUCUGGCUCCUUAAUGCCUUGGAAGAUUUUCCACCCCUCUUACGGAUCUCCAAGACCAAAGAAGUUACUGUGUUUGUCAAAAGACUAAGAAGGAAGACUUACCUUUCCAACAUGGCAAAGACAAUGAGAGUGGUAUUAAAUAACAACAGGAGAGUCAACAUUUUAAAAUCAGACUUGCAUGCGAUUGUCAACCAAGGAGCGUUGGAUAUUCCUAGGAAACCCUUGCAGAAUCAUUUUAGAAGUAUGGAAGAAUUGGAAAGCAACAUGGAACUGAAAUGUUUAAACAGUUUGAUUUCUUUGCUGGGAACUUCAACGGACGUCAGUGUCUUCCUGAACUGUGUGUCUUCAAAUCUCCAGGCGUUUGUCUUCCAGCCAAGCAGGAGCAAAGAAGAGUUUAUCAGAUUGGCUGCUAGCUUCCAGCUGAGAUGGAACUUCCUCCUAACUUCCGUGAGCAAGGCCAUGACCCUCUGCCACACAGAUAGUUUUGGCUCCUGGCAUCUGUUUAAUUUGCUACUUUUGGAAUAUGUGAUUCAUAUACUUCAGUCAUGCAUAGAGGAUGAAGAGGAAGAGGAAGAUGGGGGCAAUCUCAAGGAAAUGCAGCCAAAUCACAAGUCUCCCACCCAGUCCACUCAGGAGCCUCUCCAAAGCGCUGAUUCUCCAAUCAAACAACACGGAAGCCAAAAUGAUGAGCCCCCUCAUGUGACUCUGAUGAAACACAUCAGCCAGAGCGACGUUUGUGUGAGCAGCGUUAUCCUUAAGGUCCUGGGAUUUCUGGUGGACACUGCCACAGGAAAUAAGCUGAUCCAGGUACUACUGGAAGACAAAGCCACUAAAAGCACAGUUAAACUAGACCUUCCUGUGGGGCAAGAAGCCCUUGUAACUUUAAAAGAUGGACAGAAGUUUGUCAUUCACACCUCAGAUGUGCCACAGAGUCCUGAAGAUGUUUAUUUCACAGAAACCAAUGCUGAUAUAUAA